CAUGAAGGUAAACGGAAUAUGGUACUAAGCAAUAGGUAACCCUUCUUGAGUUAAUAGGUGUCACGAUUGGAAGUCACGAUAGGUAGACGCGAUGCCUUCAUGGCUCGUUCCAGCAGCGGCGACCGCCAUGGUCGGGGUCCUUGCAAUUAUCUUUCAAGUGGGUUGGGAGCUGCUGCAAAAACUGACUAACACACGUAUACUUUGGGGCCAAAGCAUGGCGGAAACAGCACAGCGCUUCACAGAUGGAAUCAGAGGCGUCAGAGAAGCAAGGUUUCUCUUCUACGGAAGAAUUUUAUUUUGCAAUCGGUGGUAUGAAGGCCAACAGGUGCUGAAGUCUCAGCAUUUGCUCAUGCGGCUGGGUGAUUCCACCGGACUCCGCAUCCUUGGAAUGUUUGAGCAGGGCAUCAUUUGGAACAACAAUUUGGAACGCUGGAAUUCGCUUCGCGUCGUGUUUCAUAAGGCCGUCCAAGAAGGCAUGCAGCUCGGCAGCUCCUCCCCGGCCAAGCAGCGCCUUGCGGCCAUGUGCCAGCAAGCAGUCCAACUAACCCUGCGCGAGGCGCGUGAGGCCCAAGGCAACCCUGACCUGCUGCUGGUGGACCUGUUGGACCUGCUGCGCUGCGUCACCUGCCGGGUCACCCUGGCGCUGGCAUUUGGACUGCCGGUGGACAGCAGCCCGCUGCGGGACACGCUGGCCCUGGUGCACAAGGUCAACGACUUCUUCAAGGCCUGGGAGUUCUUCCUGCUGCGUCCGGGCCACCUGCUGCGGCUGGUGCGGCCUGGGGAGUACCGGGCCCACAGGCAGGCGCUGAGCAGCCUGAGGGCCGCCGUGGAACAGCUGCUGGUGCGGGCAACAGGGGGCAACUGGCCGCCGCCGGGGGCGGUUGCCGCCAACACAGCAGCAGCGCGUGCGGCGGGUUCUGACGCGGACAACGGCACUGCUGGCUGCCCCUCUUCCUCCUCCCCGCCGUACUUUUUGGCUGAGCUGCUUCGCCGCUUGGACAAGGAAGGAGAGGAGAGGCUGUCCCCCUCCGAGCUGGUCCAGCUAGCCCUGGAGAUGCUGAUCGCCGGCACCGACACCUCCUCCGUCACCCUCUACUACGCGCUGCUCGCACUGCGGGACGACCCCGACCUGCAGCAGCGGGUGCGGGGGGAGCUGGCGGCGAUGGCUGAUGGCUCCAGCAGCUGCGAGUUGUCCUCCCUGCCGCUGCUCAAGGCGCUGCUCAGCGAGUCCAUGCGCUUUAAGCCGGUGGGGCCGGUGGUCAUUCGCCGGGCCAACGAGGACGUGGACAUCAGGCUGAUGCCGGAGGAGGCUGCUGGGGCGGCACCGGAGGGGGCUGCUGGGGCGGGCGGCGGGGUGCUGCGCGUGCGGAGGGGCGACACGGUCGUGGUCAAUCUGGCUGACAUGCACCGGGAUCCCCAGGUCUUCCGCUAUCCCAACACCUUCGACAUCCGCAACUUCACAGAGCCGCCUGCCUCCGCCACCUACGGCACCUCCGGGCACCCCAUGCCCUCCCUGGACGUGGGCGCGGGCACCACCGCCGACAGGGCCUUCGCGCCCUUCGGUCUGGGCCGCAAGGGCUGCGUGGGCUACCUGCUGGCGCUGUCCGAGAUGAGCAGCAUCAUGUGGACACUGCUGCGCUGCGUGGAGUUGCCCUCGCGAGAGGAGAGCCUGCAGGCUGCAGCUGCGGCGGCGGCGGCGGCGGCGGAAGCUGGGGGUGUCACCGCUGGGGGCAGCAGCAGCAGCCCCAGCAGCAGGGUUGCUGGAGGCGGCUGUGGUGGGGUGGGUGAUGCCCUGCAACAACAGGUCGCCCCUCCCCUGGCGCAGCUGGUCACGCACUGGGAUGUGGCCAACCAGCCCACCGACUCGCAUCUGGUGGCACUGCGGGCCCUGGCGCCUGCGGCGUUGCCGACGGCCCCUCGCACCCCGGAGGUCACGAAGCCGCCCCCACGCACGACCGCAAGCCCUGGAGGCAGCAGCACCCUUGCUCUGGGGCCCAGCCCGCCUGCAAGCUUCGCGUGGUCCCUCUUCCUUUCCCUCACAACACCACUACCGCGGCGGCUGCCCGCACCCCGGCCGCGCUACCGCCGGGUGUACAUGAUCGGAGCGGGCGGGGUGGGCAAGACCACGCUGCUGCAGGCUGCGGAGGGGGCGCUGCGGGAGCUGGGCUACAGUGUUCGCAAGGAGGUGGCUCGGCAGUUGCUGGCCUCCGCACGCCCCGCCAUCACCCGCCAGCAGCUGGAGCAGGACGACUCCGUCUUCCUGAACUUCCAGAAGUCUGUCAUCCGGCGGCACCACGCAUUGGACGCACAGCGGGUGGAAGACCGCGUGCUGCAGGCAGCAAUUUCAUGGGCAGACAUCAGGGCUAGGGCUGCGGCUGCGAUAGCGGCGGCAGCGGAUGGUGCUGGUGUCAUGCCGACGGCCGGUGGCGAGGCGGACGGCGAGAAAGAGGCAUACGAGAAAGAGGGCUACGUUGUGAGCGACCGAAGCGCUCUAGAUGCGGUGUGUUAUGCCAUGACGCGGUUCGGUUUCGAGUCACAGCAGGUUAAGGAGCUGAUCAACAUGCGGGAGAUGCAGAGGCUGUUUGGAUUCUACAACAACAGCUGCUGCCUGCACAUCCUGGUGCCACCCUUCCAGAGAGCCCCUCACAACCACCACAACCACGGCUCCUUCCAAGAUGCCGGCAGUGCUGCCAAGGACGCGGCUGCUAGCCACACUGCCCUAGCUACCCAAGCAGGCCCAGCUGCAUCACCCGCAGCGGAGGCAGCAGCAGUGGCGGUGGAGGAUGACGGAGUGCGCAUCCGGAGCAGUCUGGAGGGGCUGUGGCGCUACACGGAGGCGGCUGAGCAGCUGAUGCGCUGGGCGGGGUUGCCGUACAGGGUACUCUCUCCGGGGACAUGUAGUAAUGACCAGCAGCAGCAGCAGGAGGAGGGUGACGAGGGGGGGCGCACGGAUGUGGAGGCGAGGCGGGCGGAGCUGCUGCGGAUUCUUGGGGGGCAGAUGGGCUAGCUCACAUUACGUACGGUGACGCAUGUGACGGCAUGAGACCACAUGAGGGGCAGGGUGCUGCCCAAGAGGCAGUCCGUACACACACACGGCUACGGCUUUUCCGCCGUACGAGUCGGGGAGGAACAAGUGCAACAAGCCGGCGCUGAAGUUCAAAGUUAAGCUCCUGAAAUGGGAGGAUAGGUAACAUGCAAGGGCUGGGUAAGAUAUGUUUCUUCACCGGUAUAUACUGAUUAUGUAGUGAGGCCCACCUAUAGCUGCAUAUGUUAUAUGUAUCGGCACACACUCGAUAGCAUCCAUGUGCAGCGCAUCAUCCCAUUGCCUGUUGCCGUUGUUCUCGCUGCACACCCGUUGGCAUCCUUGCUGGACAGCCAGCGGUUGGGGCUGUUGCACUAUUGAAGAAGACAAGACGGGGGCUUGGUUUCAAAAUGACACCUCCUUUGUGCGGGUGAGGGCAUGUGGGGGGCACUUGUCGCUCAUUAGGGUUGUGAUUGGAGUACAUGUUGCUCGUUUGUUGCAUGCAGUUGUGGUGUUUGUUGCAUGCAGUUGUGGUGUUGUUGCCAGGUGUGACAGUGAGAGAGAGUGGUCAAAUGGUCCGCUGAUGUGGUUCCCGCUUCCCGCCGCACUGGAGGGUCGACGGGUGUGUUGGGUGUCGAUAUUGAAAGUGUCUUUAUCUCACAAGUGAAAGGCUAUAUCCGGGUUGUGUUUCGUGUGCCGCGGAUGUCUACCUGGGUCUGAUGAGUGUUCGGUAGGGACGGGGCGGGAGGUGCGGCCACCCUCCUUGAAUAGGACAUUAAAAAGUAUACGUACGUGCAUGGCUCGGUGCGUUGUUGCACGCCCCCCUCGGGGGGCGUCCUGGUUGGCACUCGUCUUGCCCCUUGCCGGAGUUAAUAAUAGUAAUACAUUGGCCAAUAAGCCACGCCCAAACACGAAUACCGUACACAGGCUUCGACAUGGUCGACCGUAUUGCUGUGCAGCCGAACCUACUUAAUGCAUGGGCAGCAUGCCACGUUAGCUACUUCCUCGCCCCCC